AUGGCAAGAAAGACGCUUCUUGCUUUGACCGCCUUGGUAGCGGCUGGAGCCUAUGCCGAUAACACGUCCUACGAUGUCAAUGCUGGCUGCUCCAAUGACCAACUCCUCCGAUGGUACGACGAAGACAUCGGCCUCUUCCUCUAUCCCGAUGGCGCCUACUACUUCUGGCAAGCCGGUGUCAUGAUCACAGCAGUUGCCAGCCUGGCUGCGCUCGAUAGUGGCGUCAAGAGCAGGACUGCUGGGAUGUGGCAAAACACCUAUCUCAAGGGAGGUCAGCCUUCUCACGGUGUCAUACAAUUGGACAGCACCGGCCGUAAGAUUGUUGUGCCAAAGGGAUCAGCGAACAGCGUUCCGGGCAAGUUCAGGAAGAGAGAACAAGGCUUUCUAGCAAGUCACUACGACGAUGAAGGUUGGUGGGGAUUGGCAUGGCAGGACGUCUACGAUAUCACCGGAGUUCAGGAUUACCUCACGGAAUCCAUUGCCAUUUGGCAGGAUAUGAACGCCGGCUGGGGCAAUCUCAACUGCGGUGGUCUCCCUUGGUUCAAAGGCGAAGCCAAGACCGACAACCCACUGGCCAUUCCCAACGAGCUGUACCUUGCCAUCAGCGCUGGCCUCGCCAAUCGAGUCCCCAGCAGCCAGAAGCAGACAUACCUGAGUGCCGCCCAGACAAUUUGGGCCUGGUUCCAAAAGGUCGGCUUCGUCAACAGCCAAGGCCUUGUCAACGACGCUGUCAACGGCAACACCUGCGUGAAUGACAACAACCAGCCGACCUGGACCUACAACCAGGGCGUUGUCAUCGGCGGCCUUGCAGACCUCUAUAUCGCCACGGGGGACUCAUCCUACCUCACAUCGGCCAGUGUCAUUGCCAAUGCCACCAUGGCUCAUCUGGUCGACAGCAACGGCAUUCUUGCCGACAGCUGCGAUCUGUCGCACAACUGCAGCGGUGACAACCUCCAGUUCAAGGGUGUCUUUGCUAGAAACCUCCAGAAGCUGUACCAAAGCCAGCCUUACCCUGCCUACAAGGCAUUCCUGGAGAAGAACGCCCAGUCCAUCUGGCAAAACGACCUCGCUGUGGAGGCUGGCGAUUGCUUUAAUGGUGCUGAUUGGGGCGGUCCCUAUGUUCUCGGCUCUGCUACAGCCAGCAGCCAAAGCAGCGCCCUUCAGUGUCUCGUUGCUGCCCUCUAUGUCUCUCAGAACUAGAGUCAGUGAGUAUGCCAUAACAUGUAGCUAAAAAUAAUAUAUAUAAAUGUAUGC